AUGAGGAUCCUACCGGCGAUCUUGUCAGCAGGUGCACUUGCUGCGGAAGCUCCCGAGGAUGCGUGGACCGAAAUCACCGAUGCUUACAACGCUCUCUACGACGCACUGCUCGCGACAUAUUCCGAUAUGAAUAUUCCAGAAGUGAAAAAAGCGAAUCGACUAAGAGACUUUUUCAACAAAGUCAGCUACCUGCCCGGGCGGGUCGAAGAUUCAUGCACCGAUUUUGCAGAUGCGACUAUGACCUUCUCUGAAGCAAUCGCGUACUGCCUCGGCAUAGGCAUGGAACUUGCUACUUUCCCAGAUAGGAGUUUAAAUCCCAACGACUGGGCAACGAUGGAGGCAGCACUCAUGGUUGGUCUUGAUCCAUCAGAUCAGACUUGGUAUCGCGCAUGGCGCAACCAUGUCUAUAACAAUGGCAAUUGCGGGAUGUUCGCUUUCAGAGCUGACAUCGGCUUCUAUGGCAACGAUGAUUAUCCCUGUAAUAAUCAAUAUCUUGCAUUCUGCUCCGCUGGAGAAUUUGCAACGACAACCUGGUAUCAAACCACCAUGUCCACCCCUUUCUGGUUUGGCCGCUAA